UAAUUGAUAGAGAUGGACAGAUACAUACAUACAGAAAGAGAAAUAAUGUUGCAGGUGUACCAUACCCAAUAUCUAACCCUCUCUCCUCCGCCAGCGGCGAAUAAAUACACAAAAUAAAUUAAAAAUCCAAAAAUAAGAAAACCCAUAAUCCAUACUAGAAUUUCCAGUAAUUGGGGGGUUUUAAAAUAAAUCUUAAGCUACUCAAUCACACGAGUGGGAGUGACAGUCGUUCCGAAAUGUCGGAGGACGAAGAACUGCCGGAUCUAGAUGGUGGCGCUGCCCGCAGUAUCAACUCAACGGCCGUCAGCGGUGGAGGAGGAGAUCAGAACUAUGUGUCGCCAAGCCCAGAUCAAGUUCUGGAAAACGUCCUCGAGAACGUUCUGUACUUCUUGACCUCACGGCAUGACCGCAACGCUGCGUCCCUUGUGUGCAAAUCGUGGUUUCGUGCGGAGGCCCUCACUAGAUCCGAGCUGUUCAUCGGAAACUGCUACUCGGUGUCACCUGGCCGAGUCACGAACCGAUUCAAGCAAAUCAAAGCGAUUGCAAUCAAAGGGAAACCCAGAUUCUCGGACUUCAGCUUGUUGCCCCCGGACUGGGGUGCGCACUUCGCUAACUGGUUGAGGGCUAUGGCGGCUUCUUACCGUGCGCUUGAGAAGGUGUACUUAAAGCGUAUGUGUGUUACAGAUGAGGAUCUGGCUAUUACAGCUCACUCUUUCCCGUUUUUGAAAGAGCUCGUUUUCGUUUGUUGUGAAGGUUUUGGAACUGAUGGACUUGCUAUUAUAGCCCGUGAGUGCAGGCAUAUUAGGGUGCUUGAACUGGUGGACACCGACGUUACAGAUGAUGAAGUGGAUUGGAUUUCAUGUUUUCCUGAUAACGUAACCUGUCUCGAGUCUUUGAUUUUUGACUGUGUGGAGACCCCUAUUAACUUUGAGGCAUUAGAGCGGCUGGUGGCAAGGUCACCUUCCUUGAAGAAACUUAGGUUAAAUAGCUACAUCUCCAUAAGGCAGCUUUACCGCUUGAUGAUUCGCGCUCCACAGCUCACCCAUCUGGGAACAGGUUCCUUUAAUACUUCAGAGAUUGUUGCUCAGAGUGAACAGGAACCAGAUUACUUUUCUGCAUUUGCUGCUUGCAAAUCACUGAUUUGUCUCUCUGGGUUCAAGGAAAUUAUUCCAGAAUAUCUAUCUGCGAUAUAUCCAGUCUGUGGUAUCCUCACAUCCCUUAAUCUGAGCUAUGCAAACAUCAGUGCAGAGCAAUUGAAACCAGUAAUUCGUCAGUGCCAUAAGCUCCAGACAUUUUGGGCACUUGAUUCAAUUGGUGAUGAAGGACUUCAGGCAGUUUCUGUAGCAUGCAAAGACCUAAGAGAGCUUCGGGUUUUCCCGGUUGAGGCUUUAGAAGAUGUUGAGGGCCCUGUGUCUGAAGUUGGUCUGCUUACAAUUUCUGAGGGUUGUAGGAAAUUGCAGUCUAUUUUAUACUUUUGUCAGAGAAUGACCAAUGCCGCAGUUAUUGCCAUGUCAAAGAAUUGCCCAGAUCUUGUGGUGUUCCGUCUAUGUAUAAUGGGACGACAUAGGCCUGACCACGUCACUGGUGAGCCAAUGGAUGAAGGCUUUGGAGCCAUUGUUAAGAACUGUAAGAAGCUUACCCGACUUGCUGUAUCUGGUCUAUUGACUGAUAGAGUUUUCAAAUACAUUGGACAGUACGGAAAACUACUGCGAACCUUGUCAGUUGCUUUUGCUGGAGACAGUGACUUGGGUCUCAAGUAUUUACUGGAGGGCUGCCCUAAGUUGCAGAAGCUUGAGAUCAGGGAUUGUCCCUUUGGAGAUUCAGCUUUGUUUGCUGGUUUGCAUCAUUAUUACGACAUGAGAUUCAUGUGGUUGUCAUCUUGUAAAGUAACCCGUCAAGGCUGCGAGGAGGUUGCACGCCAAUUACCUGGUUUGGUAGUAGAAGUGAUUGCUUCGGGUGAGGAAGAGAAUGAAACAAACGAAUAUGUUGAUACAAUGUACCUUUAUCGCUCCCUUGAUAGGCCGAGACCUGAUGCACCAAGGUUCGUGCAUAUUUUGUGACAUUCUUAGAAGAGAACGUUCUAUUGUCUUUGAAAUGGAUCGAUGAUUAACUCUUCCUUCACGGGGUGUGUUGUUUUACUUAUUAAGUUUUAGAACCCAUUAGAAGCCUCGACUAUCAUAUUGGCAUUCAAUCUUGUUCUUCUAGGCAUCCACGUGAUGAAUUGUUGGAAGACUUUUUCCCAUGCAAGUUGUAACAAUUUAAUGCUGUUUGAUUCGUAUUCUCCUGAGAUCUUAACGUCUCUUCAUCAUAUUCCUUUCACAACUCUGGAGGUACUGAAAGAGGAGUUAUUUACCAGAACAUCUAUGUAUCAUUUGGUCCAAGUAGUUGCUUCUGUGCACUGGGUAGUGCAGCAUCAUGUAUUUUCUUCAGUAGAAUUAAAUCUGCUUAUUUGUAUCCAAAUCAUAGUUUGAAGAAUCGAAACUCUAGGCUGUUAUAACUACUGUUUUGUUAUGUUCGGUCGAGUCGAGUCUUGUGGUGGUGUUCUUAGCAGCUUGCUGUAUUAUUAUUGUAAUUGUUAGAGAUUCGAGAUAACAAUAAAUGCUUUACUUGGAAGUUUA